AUGCAAUGUUUCCAGGAACAUUGCCUCUUCUUGCACAGAUUUAAGAAAAUACUCAAUUUUAUUGAUGUAACAGAAUUUAUUCUUCUAGGAUUAACUAGUCGUCCAGAAUUACAACUCCUUUUCUUUGUGGUUUUCUUACUAGUCUUCAUUAUCACAUUGAUUGGGAACAUUGGCAUGAUCAUAUUAAUCAGAAUUAGCCCUCAGCUCAACAGCAGUCCCAUGUACUUCUUCCUUAGCCAUCUGUCUUUUGCAGAUGUGUGGUUCUCCUCCAAUGUCACCCCUAAAAUGUUAGAAAAUCUGUUAUCGAAGACAAAAACCAUUUCUUAUAAUGGAUGUAUAGUGCAGUGCUUUCUCUUCAUUGCUUUUGUCCACGUAGAAGUCUUCAUCCUUGCUGUGAUGGCUGUCGAUCGAUACAUGGCGAUUGGCAACCCUCUGCUUUAUGGAAGCAGAAUGUCAAGAACUGUCUGUAUUCAAUUGAUCUCUUUCCCCUAUGUAUACGGCUUCUUUAUAAGUUUUAUCUCAACCCUGUGGACCCAUGGUUUGUACUUCUGUGGGAACAUUGAGAUCAACCACUUCUACUGUGCAGAUCCAGCCCUCAUCAAAAUGGCCUGUGCUGGAAACUUCAUUAAAGAAUACACCAUGCGUACAUUAGCAGGUCUCAACUUCUCUUAUUCCUUACUGGUCAUUAUUGUCUCCUACAUAUUCAUCCUUAUUGCCAUCACAAGAAUGCACUCUGCAGAAGGAAGAAUGAAAGCAUUUUCCACAUGUGGGUCACUUGACAGCUGUCACGUCAUGUAUCUUAGAAGCCCAACUGAGGAAUCUGUGGAGCAGGGGAAGAUGGUGGCUGUGUUUUACACUACAGUAAUUCCUAUGCUGAAUCCCAUGAUCUAUAGCCUCAGGAACAAGGUUGUAAAGGAGGCCAUGAACAAAGCAAUCAGUAGAGCAUUUUUAAAUAAGUAG